CACCUAAAUUACUAAAUACGAAUUCUCUGAAUUAAUGCUCCUUGCGAGUUCAGCCACAUCUGUGCCGCAGAACCAGCGCUUAAUUUCAAAAGCACCCUCGUUCGAAUUCGAACGUGCAAGUCGUCUAAUGUGACGGAGCACACAAAUAAUAGAGAAGCAGAAAUAAAAAAAAUGUCGACAAUUUAAUGGAUGUCGCAAGUCUCACUUUUUCAGGUAGCAUUGUGGAACAAGCAAAGGUGAAAAUGGACGAUUCUGUGGCUUCUAGUAUUUUAGUAAAGCCGGCAGCUUCUACUAAAAAUGAGUGCAUGAGCUUCAACGGCAGGCCAGUCAAUGAUGAACAUGACAUUACUGAUGCCUUUUCAGGUCUAGGCCUUAUUGAGCCCGGAGAAUGCAUUUCCCAUACCAAGCGAGAUGUCUGUUCUAGAUGCAAGCGUCCUAUUCAGGUGUGCUGGUGCUGUCAUCUGCCAGCUAAAAAAAUUUCGACGUCGACACGUACUAUCAUUCUUCAACAUCCGAACGAGAUCAAACGAAACGUUCGGACAGCUCCGAUGUUAGAGGCAGCACUCAGCAACUGCCUCGUUCUUCGCGGAAGACAUUUUAGCAGGCACUCAUUGAUGCGUGAGAUAUACGCCAACGAGUCACGCACGUUCGUUCUCUAUCCGUCUCCGGAUGCAAUGGACAUUGAAAACUUGCCCAGAGAACAGGCUUUUAAUCUGAUUGUUAUCGAUGGAACAUGGAACCAGGCCAGAAGCCUUUAUUUUGCGAACAAAGAGCUGCACUCACUGACAAAGGUAAAGAUCAGUCCGAUGCACGCGUCUUACUAUGUGGUUCGCACACAGCCGCAUGCCGCCUGUUUAUCUACUGUUGAAUCUGUCGCGUUAGCCCUCAGUAAAUUAGAGUGUCAACCGCAACUAGAAAAGACGCUCAUCAAGCCUUUGGUUGCUAUGUGUGGCUAUCAGAUUGAUUAUGGGGCGCAGAAACGCGACUCAAAAGAGGAGCAAAUUCUGAGCGGAACUUUCAAGCGGAAAAUUCCUAAGAAGAUUGAAAACAGGAUAGAACAGUGCAAGGACUUUCGUGGCCUGUUAAUGAGAUAAUACUAUAUGGAACGCAUUGUAUGCAAAAGGAAGAAUUUUAUUUAGAAUGUACUAUUAUAAAUAGCACCUUGCGUUCACCACCACAGCAGAGGUGCGAUAAAAAUUCUGUAUAAUGCAGCAGAAUGUCAAAUUA